GUCCAAGAUGGCGGACGAAACACCACACUUUCCAACUCCUAAAAGAAGAUUAAUUUUUGAGAAGUAUUCUUUUAAAGAUGCGAAAAAAAGAUACGAAAAGCAGAUAAAGGAGCACUUCUAUAACCAUUGUGUUUCUGUGAUGAUGCCAGAAACUGUGAAAGAUGAGAGAAUGGACUUUCUACACUCAAGUGACUUCCUUGGGGAUUUUUUGGUAGCCACACUUCCUGUUCAUUUAUUUACAGAUAAAGAGUUUAUUGAACAUUUUGUUAGAAAUGGAAGCAUUACCGCAUUAAGUUAUGACACACACAUAGACACCGAGAACUGCAUUGCCCUAUUGCCAACAGGUAAGCUGGUGCUGUCAUUGGAUAAAGACAUCUAUGAAGAAUUAGGAAUUCCUGGUAAAAAGUCAAUAUUUGUGAAGAGUAAUAGAUUUGUUGUUGAAGUUGAUGUUAAGGCGGCUUCGUUUACAAGUGGCAAAAAGUUGUAUAGUAGAGUACGGCAGUGCUUUAAAAGACACGCUGAAUGCUUGACCAACAAAUAUCUCUUAAUGUGGACAGAUCAAGGUGGUGUAUUGGACAAUGGAAAACUGCAGUCUUUCUUGAUUAAUUAUGAAUCUAAACUUCUAAAGACAAAGAGAAGUAGGCAUGACUUCCAUAAUGUGCUUGCCCCUGUACUGGACUACCAGCAUCCAAAAACCUCAACAGAAGCCAUGCCUUCUGCAUGUGAUGCAGCGCAGUUCCACGAAUGGUUGGGUUGCAUGGAAUGUGGAGUUGACUGCUCUAAAGCAGCAGCAGACAGCUACACCUCCAGACUAACAUGUCCCGUACCUUCUCACCAUCUAUACAGAAUCAGUAAUCUCAAAUGGACUGGCUUUAUAGCCACACAGAGUGUAAUAAAUAUCCUUCAUAAAGCAAGAACUUUAUUCGAACAAGAUCGCAAGCCGCCUUGGAUCACACUUACUGUGUGGGGCUUUGCGGACUCCCCAGUUAGUUGGUCAGAUAACGAACAUGGUUUCCAAAUAGCUGGUGACAAUGUCUAUACUUUUGUCUUGUUUCCGGAUGAUAGUUAUUGGUGUUUCAUUGCAAUGGGAAGCCAUGAUGUCUGUUCAUAGUGUCAUAUAUGUAAAUGCUUAUUGGAAACCCCUGCAAUAAUUGGGGACUUGCUAAGAGAUCAAUGCAGUAGCAUAUCUUGCUUUUCGCUGAAGGGGGGGGGGGGGUUUGGCUCAGUGACAAAGGGGGGAAGGGAAAAUUUUUGUUACACAUGGCUUUCUGGCAGUCCAAAGGGGGGUUUAAACCCCUAAACACUCCCCCUAGAUCCGCUACUGACAUGGCUUUUUGGGUGAAGAACUAGUGCACACUCAGGCUUUUAUCGGUAAAGUAACAGGGGCAGUAAGGGUUAUUUCAUGAUCUGUGAACAGCCUUUUUUGUUUAUCAUGAAAAGGGCAAACUGAAAACUGUGAUUGCUACCUUUGCCGUAAUUCGUUAAUGGCGAAAUUUGAUCAGCAUGGAUUGUGAUCUAUGCUAUUUUAAAAUCAUGAAUUGUGAUUUCAGAGUAAAGAUUGAUUCUUGUCGUCUGUUUAUUGUGAAACAUGGUUUCCAAUUUUUGAAACUCGUGAAACAUGCACGGACCCACCCUGACAUAACAGCAACAAAAACUUGUUACUAGUACUUAUAAACUUAACAGCAACUCAUUUAGUGCUUACAAAUAAAGUCAGAAAGUUACUGUAGGAAAAGGCUUAUAUUCAUUAAAAAAAAUAAUUUUU